AUGGCGGCUUUCCUUCGCAGUUUCGUCGAGUCUCACCAAGUCGAAAUCAAACGGGUCUCCUCUGGUGCCAUGAUCGGCUCGGCACUGGCCUUCGUAGGGGUUUCGCGACCUCCGUACGAAGGUGGAUUGGUCUACUACGCCUCCAUAUCCAUAUAUAUUACCUUCAUGGUAAUAUUCAUGUGGAUUCAUUGGAUCGAGCUUACUGAUAAUGCUUUCUGUGUCAUCCUGGCCAUAUUCGUCACUGGGAAACUUCUGUUCGUGCCAUCACACAUACGACAUCACUUCGCUCCUUAUGUGCCCUUCGUGGAGUCCCUGGCCAUCCUCAUGGCUGUUUGGUUGGCCCCAAGGUCCCCGUCAUUCCUUGCAUCAAGAGCCCUUUCGGACCAAGGUUCAAUAAGAUCCAAUGGAUACUUCCAGGAAUGGGCAAAUUCUGACGCACCGUGGAACCCGAUUGAAUUCUCCCAUAUGGACCAAGCAUUUGACGAGGCGCGCGGACCCGGGGUCCCAAGCUCUAAUGGGAGCAUCAGCACUGAUGAGUAUGGGGCGGCGUAUAGCGAUGGCGUCAAUUCAAGCCCUUGUUCAUCAGAAAACACCACCGAUCCGUUCUUUAGUUAG